AUGGCUUCGGAUGAGGAAAAGAAGGCAGGUGCACCGAAGGAAAGCAAGAUUUCCGAAGAAGGCAGGCGCACCAAAGGAAAGCAAGAUUUCCGAAGAUGCCAAAGCAGGGUUAAUGCCAGAUGGGGCAUCAACUCCAACGCAGAACAACGAAGAACAAAUCAGACGAUCCGUAUGAGAAAGAGAGCCGAUGGUUCGUGUGCCUCUAUCGUCCUAACUAUAAAGCGGCUAGCACCAGCCAUCCUAAAUGAGGUCGAUUUGUCUGUCAUCAUUUUUCUUUCUUUUCCCUCCUUAACUACUGCACGGAAGAGCUGA